AUGAUCUCACUUCUAGAUCUACCUGUCGAGAUUGUGCUGCUGAUAAUCGACUGCCUCUUCUCCCAAGUCACCAGAACGGAGCCCGAGAACACUGACGCUUCCAUUGCAACACAAAAAGAUUUGAAUGCGCUUUCACAGACGAACAAAUGGUUCUAUGACAAGUUUGAAACACGGCUGUACAAGUUCAAUGCACAACAUUGCGGCCAAACAUCAUUGGCGUUCGGCGCCUUCCACGGCUAUGAUACUGUGGUUCACAAGUCUCUGGCAGUAGACUCGUCGAAGAUAACGAAUGAUUUGAGGUUUCCAACACACAACUGUCAAGUCUUUCAUUCUCCACUUUGCUGGGCAGUUCAGGGGGGCCACGUCUCUAUGACCAACACACUUCUUCAAUAUGGCGCUGAUCUCCAUCGGGGCUGUAUCCACGAUUGCUGUAAUGUGCACCUUCUCGGCCAGGCCGCAACGAAUGGCCAUUUGGAUAUGAUGAAAGACCUUGUAGGAAGAGGUCUCCGUCCACAAAUCUUGUGGGAAACCAAUUUCGCAAACAUGCUGAAUGACGGCGAACCAGGGCGCAAAGCCACUCUCCGGCUGGCUGCCGAGGGUGGUCAUAUACCGUGUGUUGAUUACACUCUUGCUAUGGAGGAGUAUGAUAACCUCACUUGCAAACAAUACAUACACAGAGUAGCGCUGAUUGUGCCUGCGACAGUGGCAAAUGGUCAUAUAGAAUGUGCCCUGUUUUUGCUCAGCCGCAGUGGUAUCGUUGAGAGAACUGGUUUCUGUAACUGUGGAGUCAAGCCCGCUAGGUCUCUAGUCUCCGAUAUUCCUAAGCUGACUAUGACACUGCAAGAUCCAAAGACCAUGAAGAAGUACGGUCCUAUGCUUCUUUACCUAGGGACUGCUACAGGUUGUUUACCCUUAUUUGAAGAGAUGGUUCGACUGGGUGUCCAUAUUGACACAAGAUUUCACGGGGGCAACACGCCGCUCUGUCUUGCCGUAAUAGAAGCACGAGCACCCGAGGAAAUAAAAAGGUUGUUAGAGCUAGGCGCUGACAUCAAUGUGGAGAACUCGCAGAAUCAGACGCCGCUUUAUAUUGCAAGUCUACUUCGGCUCAAGGGAAUUAUGAAGGUGCUCCUGGAAGAAGGUGCCGAUACUGAAGCACGUGGGACUCGAUCCAGAGUUAUCCAAACACCGCUAUGUCUCGCUGUCACCGGAUUUGGGAUUCCCGUGUCAAAUGCAAGCUAUUCAAGACGGGCCACGCCGUCUCCUAGUAACGAGAUUGUGUCAUUAUUGCUGAAGAAUGGUGCCAAUCCCAAUUACGUCGAUCCGGAGUUUGGGAUAACUCCUCUCUGGCUUGCUGUUCGGCUACGGAGUACGCCAUUUAGUAGGCAUGAUGUUGUGCGGUUGCUUCUUGAGAACGGGGCAAAUCCGAAACUAGCAUCGCGAAACCAGUCAAUCUUGUUCUGGGCUAUAUCACACUGCCAAUACGAUACGAUAAAAAUGCUUCUUGACUGCGGUGCCAAUCCUAACGACUAUGGGCGCAAUUUUGACGGCUCGAAAACCCACCGCUCGAGGAAACCGCUAUCGCCUCUGGCGAAGGCCAUGAGGCUCAAGAAUUAUCGGGUGGCUGAGCUUUUGCUUGACCAUGGUGCAGAUCCUCUUGUGUCAUAUUGGAGGAAGGAGACUUCACUGGUCCAUGCAACAAGAUCUAUGAAUUGUUCGUUCAUUGGGAAGAUGAUUGCCACGGGCCUAGAUGUGAAUGAGUCUGUGAUGGGGGAGACGCCUCUUCACCUGGCUGUCUGGCAAAGUAACAUGGAUGUGGCAGAGUUACUGCUUCGUCGUGGAGCAAACCCGAAUAUCAAGAUUGGGGGGACUUCACGCUAUUCAUCGAAUUCGAUGUUGUGGUGGGCUUCUUGGUGUCCUUCUCCAAGUCGUGCAGCUAUGGUUGAGUUGCUAUGUGCGUAUGGUGCCAGGGAAUUAUAUGACACGGAUGUUUACACCGAUGGACGCACGCCGAAGAUUGUUCCUCCGGUUUCGGGAUAUUUGUAA